CACGCACCGAGCUGCACGUUCUCUGGUUAGCCACGUGCUGAACAAGGCGACAGCCUGUAGGAGGAUCUCGAAGCUUACGACGAUGAGGCGCUGGGUUUCCGAAUACACCACGAACACCGCAACGCGCCGCGGCACGACGACCGCUGGCAACGCGUGCACGACUGAUGACUCCCCGAACCUUGCCCGAGCUCCGGCCCCCGCUGGUCCCGCUGAAGACGUGUCUUUGGGGCAGCUCACGUACAGCAUCAAGUCCAGCCAGCCGUCUUCCGCGCCGGACAAGGAGGCGCAGUGCGAACGACCCGAGCAGCGGCGCGCGAUGACACAUCGGGUCUGCCAGUCGGAAGGACAGCUGCGGCCGAUACCGCUGCUGGCUCUUCCGCGGCAGCGUGUCAACGCUACGCCGGCGAUUCCUUCGCUGUCGGAUGACCACCAACACGAAACGAGGCCGCAGCAGGCGCUUGGAGCCUUGCACCAGGGGCAUGGAAGAGAGGCCGUGCCGAAUACCACCGAAACGACCCAGUGGCCGGCCACGUCGGCGUCGGUGUUCCCUUAUAUCGCCUCCCCGUCGGGACCGUGGCAUUCGUACAUGCGAUCGCCGUUCGUGUACUACACCACGGACAGCGACUCGAGCAGCAGCGCCGACAGCUCCGCCACCACGAGCAGCACCAGCAGCAGCAGCAUGAUCACCAGCAGUGCGAGCAGCAGCGACACAGCGCCCGUCCUGUACGUGGGGGCCUCGCCUCAGCGUACGGCACGCGGGAGUGCCCAAGGCGCCCUGGCCCCGAAGUCUACCGGAGUCGCCGCCCAGUGCGCUCGUCGCGACGUUGCCACGGCGACGGAUACGGUGCCUCCCGAAAGCCGCUGGGGUGACUGGGUCGGAGGCGAGAAACUCCUUAUGGUCGGCGCCACUCUGUUGUCCAUACUGUUGAUCGCGUCGGCCGCCGCCACCACUGCCAGCAUUGUCGACCGGCGCUCGACCGCAGCGAACGGCGCCGGUCACCGCCUACACGAUGGCGCAGCGGCUGGAGUGGCGCCCACUGACCCGCUGCUACCCGGCUUGAUUGCGUUCACCGAGUCUCCUGGGAAAGGCGAUUUCGGCGCUGUGGCCGGUAAGGCGUCAGCGAAGGCCUCCUGGAAGUCCACUACGAAUGAGAUAGCCGAGGAGGCCGACUUGACCACCGAGCAGCCGGUCGCAAGAUACGGUAAUGCCAGCGGUGACUCGGUGACUGCCGAGGACAUUUUGGCGAUGCCGUUCCGAAGACCCGCGAAACCCGAAUGCGGCGCAGUCUUCUACACGCACUGCCACAAGCCUCGGCGCGAGUUCCUCUACCGGGCUUCGCUCAACGCCUGCCUGGCCGCCGCAGACGACCGCCCUGCGCAACUCUGCAACCGCGGCACCAACCGGUUCUCUUCGUGGCGCGAUUGCGAAACGAGAUGUGUCUUGGCGGAACCGCCGCACGAGGCCUGCGUCGACAAGACGCUGCUGCUCGGAUGCAGGAGGCAGGACGUCCACUCUAGCUGGUGGUGGUUCGACGGCCGGGUGUGCCUUGCCUGGAACUUCCCAGCCGGUGGGUGCCCUGCCAAUGGCAGCGCCGUGUUCGCCACGGCCAACGAGUGCACGGCCCGCUGCACAAACCCACGAUAUCCGCCCUGCACCGCACCGCGCACCGUGCCCUGCUCCAGCGAGCAGCUCAAGUUCCCCUUCUUCGCGGCAGAGGCGCCCUCGUCGGCGGUGCAGGGCCGGAGGCACUGCUUCAGGCUUACCCGGCGAGUGCUCGAGUCGCACCGGUGCCUGACCGGAGCUAAUCGGUUCCUCACCAAGGCUGCCUGCGAGCAGGCCUGCAAGAAGCCGCGGUCAACCCGACCGUAGCCGCAGAUCCUGCGCUGCGGCCAUUUGUAUAUAUGUAACAAUACAAUGGCAGAGUUUGAUAA